AUGGGGAACAACCCACUUGAAAUCCAUCCCGGAUUUGUAGCGUCUGCCCUGAACACAGCAGCGGCAAUACCACUUACAAUUGAACGACACUUUUGUUGCAAUGACGUGCCACCCGAUCCUUCAUGUGAACCCCGAUAG